ACAAUAUUUAUGUUUCGUUUUCAGGCUGGCAUCUAUCAUUGUUUUGAAGCUACGAUGUAACACGUACGUCAAAAUCGUAGUCGAUAUUACUCGGAACCAUAUUAUUCGGUGUGAUAAGUACGAUGAGGUCGAAUAUAAUGUAUUACAUCGCGAAAAAUAACAAAAUAGAAGGGUUUGCAGUAGAAAAUUUGCUCGGCAAAGAAAAUAUGUACACGUCUCUUAAAAAUUUCAUGUUUUUCUCUCAAUUCCUGGGGAUUUUUCCACAGAAAAGCGUUCGAGACGGAGAAGAUCGAAUACAUUUCUCUUGGUUGAGCUUGAAAGUGUUAUAUACUUUAGUUUAUAUCGGUUUUCUCUCCGUAACGGUGGUUUGCUACAUUAUACACAUAUUUAGGGCCGAAACUGACAUUAUAGCAAUUGCCACUCUCGUCUUUUACACGGUCUCACUUUUAAUCAUGAUUUUAUACCUUAAAUUGGCUAGAGUUUGGCCCGAUUUUAUUAGAAAAUGGUGCGCGGUGGAUAAAUUGACGGUCGUAAACUAUGGAUAUCCGAAAAAAGUACUUCGGCGCUUACGGUUCUUUAUUAUCGUCUAUGUUAUCCUAGCCCUCACGAACAACGUUCUACGGGCUUGUAAUCGAUAUGAUAAACUCCGUCUGAGCCUCAAAGAAAAUUAUACUGUCGACGCCUACUAUAAAGCAUCGACGACGGAAGUGUUUCGUUGUAUGCGGAGUAGCACAGUUUCCGGUAUAAUGGCUAUAGUGAUUAAUUUGCACACGAGUUUGUUAUGGGCCUGCAACGAUUUAUUCAUUAUCGUGGUGAGCGUCGUGCUAGCCUCUAGGUUCAGAAUGCUGUCGCAAAAACUAUUCAGAGAAUGUCAAAAGAACCAGCCCCUACACUUCUUUCAAACGAUACGAGAGGAUUAUGACAGACUAGCCAAUCUUUGCUACGAUUUGGACAGCAAUAUUACCGGAUUGAUAUUGCUCUCGUAUUUUCUCAACAUAUUUUUUAUUUUGGUGCAGCUUUACCGCAGCUUCGAGUUAAGUAAACACCAGCAUAUUUGCUUUUUAAUGCUAAAUCGAAUUAUUUUAGAGAAAUCAACAGCGUUUUCGAAAAUAUUUACUUUAUUUUUUCCUUUAUCUAUUGCAUCUUCAAGAUUGCGUCAGUAUCGCUUUGCGCGUCCUGGAUUAAUGACGAAAGUAAAGUUCCCGGGGAAAUACUUAAUUCAGUGCCAUCUAAUGCUUACAACGUCGAGAUAACAAGAUUGCUUACUCAAAUCUCUUUGGACCAAGUAGCAUUAACGGGGUGCAAAAUGUUCAGGAUAACACGAGGUUGCGAGCGCUAUAGUAACAUAUGAACUGGUUUUGAUCCAAUUCGGUUCGAUUCAGCUAGUUU